AAUUAAAAAAAAAAAACAUUAUAAUUUUCGAAUAUGCCCUUAAAGAUGAUCCAAUCGUAUCUUUAAACGUACCUUUAGGUACAGGCAUCAAAAUAGGUACUACUUAAAUCUCCACUGAGGAACACCCGGGACCUACAUUAGUCUCCUGCAAGGCUGAAAAGGCUGAUAAAAUCCGUCAGCUUUUCCAGCUUUGUCCAUUAACACAACAACAUCAUCACUUCACCAAUCCUAUCGACAUGACUAUCUGCAAAUUCUGGCAACGAGGCUAUUGCAAAAAUGAUACCGCCUGUCGCUUCGAGCACCCGGGCGCCAACACUAACGCGAAUUCGAAUCCGUUCGGAGCUCCUAGUUCCAAUACGAACCGUUUUAGCGCCCUAAAUACAGGAGGAAAUAGGAACCAAGAAACACCCUACAGGAUCACUAAAGAUAUUAUACGAGCGGACUUAGGAAUUGAGAGGCCAUCAUGGAUGUUGUCGUGUUACGGCCCCGGGAGGGAUGCCCCGGAGCAAUUAUUCGGAGGAUACCCACGGGAGCAAAGCGCUGAGGAAGUCAUGCUAUAUGUUAGAGGAUCUAGUAAUCAGCAACAAGCGAUGUCGGAGAUCGCAGCUCUUAUCCAACAAGCUGAACAGCAGAAUCAGACGGCGCUUAGCAACCUCGAUGGUGCAAUCAAUUUCAUCCUCUCUGCCGAGAAUAAGCAUCCCAACCGUAUAGAUAUAUGCAAGCAGAGCAGUACACAAGGUAAUACCAGUGGCAUAUUUGCAAGAGAUGCAGCGUCUGGCCCCCAGACGGGGUUUGCCAAUCCUCUCGCUUCUAAUCCCUUCUCGGCGGCUCCCCAGUCGAAUCCCCAGCCGAAUCCAUUUACCAGCGGCACAACUUCCUUUGGCCAGCCGUCGGCACUAGGACAAAAACCUAACCCUUUCGGUGCAGCGCCAUCUAACCCAGCGUUCGGCCAACCCUCCACGAUGGGGGCUUUGAAACCGACGUUUGGACAGUCCUCACAGAUGGGACCAGGCGCUCCUGCAUUCGGACAGCCCUCGUCUUUGGGCCAGAAGCCAAAUCCCUUUGCAAACAGCGCCUCGGGGCCAACUGGGUUUAGCCAAACCACUCAGAACACCUUCGGGCAACCAUCAGCCUUAGGGCAGAAACCGAACCCUUUUGGCGCGCCAGCACCCUCUUCCGCCCCCAACCCUUUUUCCUCGGGACCAUCAACCUCGGCUCCUAAUCCAUUUGGCCAACAACCGGUGGCCAAUCCUUUUCUCCAACCGACGAAUGUCCCAUCUUCUGAUCAACAGAUGGACACCUCGGCCCCUACUCCAGCUAUCAGCAAUCCCUUUAAUCAACCAUCCUCCAACGCCUUCGCACCACCGACUACCAACCCAUUCACGGCACAGAAGCCGUCCGCAUUCGCACCAUCAAGUAACCCUUUCGCUCAAACCCAAGCGCAGCCGCAAAUACAACCGCAACCGCAAACGCAGCGACAAGCUACGUCUGCAGCAUCAACAGGCCCAUAUGCACCGAAUAGUACCAGACAGCACCCACCCCCUGAAAGCUAUAUUUCCAAGGCUGCAAAUGGGCGUAUCGUGUCGUUCAACGGGCAGCCGGUGAUAUAUAAGUGGAAGGUGGAUGAUAAAUACCAAGACGAGACGCCCCAGGACGGUGGCACAUAUCAUCCGGUACCAGGCGUACGGAACGCGGAUGGGUCGUGGCGUAAAAUCUUCUUCCCUACUGGUCCGCCCGGCUACAACAAGGACACGGAGCCCGACCUCGCGACGUACACCGCGGGUGUCAAAGCAGCGUAUGCUACCAUGAUGGCUACUGGCAAGUUUGAAGGAGAUAUGCCUGAAGUGCCACCUCUGAGGGAAGAUUGCGUCUGGAACUUUUGAGAGUAGAGGCUGUUUUUUAAAGCGUCCGGGGGUGACUAGCAUGCAUUAUCUAGAAAAUAGUGGCAUAUAUCGACUGGUCCGAUAGGAAUAGGCCACAAGGUUUGCGGUCUUGAGAGGUGGUAAUUAGAUACCCUGGAGUUACACUAAAAUGGAUCACGAAUAACAGCACUGUUUACGCAAAAGGCAGGAAGCUAUCAGUUAGGGUAUUGGUCUCGUAAAUUGGCUUAGGCUUGG